CUAAUAAUUCGAUAUAUCUAUCCUUCACAGGAGAAAUUCUUCUUGUUGAUUUGUGUUAUUUAAAUUUUUUUCAAAUGGUUACAAUUGUCUUCUUACGAUGACACAGAAUGUGCAUAUACGUUUAGCAAGUCAGAGGAUUGAUAACACUAUUGUUGGUACUUCUGAAGUUCCUCGGCUUUAUACUCCAGGCGAAAUAAUAACAUGUAGAUCUGGCUUUAUGAGAGGACAUGGAACCUACAUGGAAGAAGAUGCGCUUACUGCUUCAGUAGCAGGAGUCGUUGAGCAAGUCAACAAACUUAUUUCAGUGCGACCCAUAAAGAACCGCUACAAUGGUGAAAUUGGUGAUGUGGUUGUGGGUAGAAUUACAGAAGUUCAACAGAAACGAUGGAAAGUAGAUACCAAUUCAAGGCUGGAUUCUGUAUUACUCUUAUCAUCUGUCAACUUACCAGGAGGAGAACUGCGAAGGAGAGGCACAGAGGAUGAGCAGAUGAUGAGGAAGUAUCUACAAGAAGGUGACUUGAUCAGUGCUGAGGUACAGAAAAUAUAUGAUGAUGGCUCCUUGUCCCUUUAUACAAGAAGUCUGAAGUAUGGCAAGCUGUGCCAAGGUGUUCUAGUGAAAGUAUUCCCUUCUUUGGUGAAACGUCGCAAAACACAUUUCCACAAUUUGCCUUGUGGAGCAAGUAUGAUUCUUGGUAAUAAUGGAUUUAUCUGGAUUUGCCCAACUGUCAGUGAAGAUGAAGAGAAUGGUUUAGGAGGAUUCACAGAGAAUCUCUUAGAGGUUGUCCCACGUACAGACAGGGAAGUAAUCGCACGUCUACGGAAUUGUAUCCUUGCUCUUGCAAACUGCAAGAUGAUGCUGUGUGAUACAAGCAUCUUGUAUGCAUUUGAAGAGUCCCAGAAAUAUGAGGUGUUAGAAUUGCUUCGACCUGAACCAAUGCUGGAUGUUUGUGUUUUGACACAACAAAGACUCUACAUGCAAGAGGAUGAGUGAUUUGAAGAAAAUUUGGAAUCUAUAUACUUUUCAGAUUUAGUGGUCUUAAUAUUGGUUAUAUUGUUGAAAACAGUAGAAUUUGAUUCACGUCAGAAACCGUGGAACACGCAAUGAAUUUGCUUCAUAAGUUCAACAGCAACACACUGAAGAAUCAACUUUAUUUCUCUAUAAUUAUCUUUGGUUUGACAUAGAUACUUGUGGUACGUAAUGUUUUUUUGUGCUACUUUUGUAAUGCUAAAUACAAACCUUGGUUAACUGUCACAUCCUUUAUCGAAGAUAAAUACCAUGACUACACGCCACAAGAAUUUAUUAUGAAUCAUGUAAUUCCUUUAUCUGAGUCUGACCAGAAUGAACUCUAAAUUCACCUUCUUACAGCACUGUUGUUAAAGAUGUAUUUUUUGACAGUAUUAUCAGUAUGAGGUAUUUAAGAGUUAAUUUUCUUGCUGAAGUUCCAUAACACUGUACUUGUCCUGAAUAAAAUGUGUGCCUACUCUGUUUA